UGAUUCAGGCCAACAUGGAGCAGUCAACAGGUGUAAAGAUUGCCGUUCUGCUGCUGUGUGCCGCCCACGCCAGCGCGGCUCUCGGCAAGCUGCCAUGGUGGCUCAGACACGACCAACGGGGGGUCUGCACAGCGGCUAGCGAGAUUAUCUGCAGUGACGACUGUUCACAGGUGCUGGUGUGUUUGGGGGAUGGUUCAGGCGGCUUCUACGCCACGGUGGUGGCAGUAUGCGACUCCAGCGCGGAUCAGAAGUGCAGCGCAGAGCAGGCUGCUUGCGUCGCGUCAGCGGACUCUGAGUGCCACUCUUCCCUGCCCGGCGAGGACUUCACGUGCCACGGCAUCGGAUCCUUCCCUGACCCGUACGACUGCCAGACGUACCACAUCUGCACCGAGGUCAACGCAGGUUCUCAACCCGAAUCGUGCUCCGGAACUACAGCGUACAAUCCUCUGCAAGCAGACUGCAGCCUGACGACAUCCGACCGAGUCUGCACGGAAGGCCCCAUCACGCCUUGUACGCAGCUGGGACAGGUGGGCAUUGUCCCAGAGAACCCAGCCAUUUACUACAUCUGCAUACAGAAGGGAGAUGGCAUGUCUCCGGAAAUGUACAGGUGUCCUGGCAGUCAGAUCUUCGACGUUGCCACUGCUGCGUGUGUUGACCCCGCUUUGAAGUAGAUGCGACCGUAAACGGUAGGGCAGCCAUCGGCAAGAAACCACGACCCAGAUUCCAAGCACGCAACAUGAUGACGUGAUGAAGUAUGUCGAUCGAGUGGAUUCGCACUGCAUGCAGUGUUGAUUUAUCUCACAUCUCAUACCCAUUGGGCCUAUGAUUCGCUCGUAUGAAGCACUUUCGUCUGAACAAGUGCUAUAUUUAUUUAAUUGUAUCUUUUAGUUACUAAUUUCACGAGAGCAUAUUAUUUGAAGUCUAGAGACUAAAGUGUUUCAUUAUUUUUAUAUUUAUCUUGGCUGUGUUCAUCAAUGUUGCAAUAAAAUUUAAGAAAUCAACAA